UACCGCGUGGCAGCACAUGGUCUGUGUGUCUGUCUUCCCCGCGUCUCUGUAUGUGUUGAUGGCUGUAGCUACUAGCCAAAAUGUUGGUGUUAUUUGAGACAGCUGCGGGUUUCGCCAUAUUUAAGUUGCUGGAUGAAAAGAAAUUGCAGAAGGUAGAAAAUCUUUUUGAAGACUUUGAGACCACAGAAAAGGCCAAUAAAGUUGUGCAGCUUCAUAAUUUCAAAAAGUUUGCUGAUUAUACCGACGCUUUACAAGCAGGAGUAGCACUGAAUGAAGGUAAACUAUGUAAACCAUUGAAGAAACUCUUGAAGAAGGUAUUUGCAGAGGAGGCGCAUGAACAGCUGAUGGUAUGGGAUGCAAAACUUGGAAAUUCAAUAAAGGAAAAAAUUGGUAUCCAAUGUGUGAGCAACGCCAGUGUGAAUGAGUUGAUGAGAUGUAUCAAGUCCCAAGUUGAAGGUCUCAUCCCUGGUUUACAAGAGAAGGAGCUGGCUGCCAUGUCACUUGGCCUUGGACACAAUCUGGCUCGGUACAAGCUGAAAUUUUCUCCGGAUAAAGUUGAUACCAUGAUUGUGCAAGCCAUCUCUCUGCUAGAUGACAUCGAUAAAGAGUUGAACAAUUACAUCAUGAGAACAAGGGAAUGGUAUGGCUGGCAUUUCCCAGAGCUAAGCAAGAUUAUAAGUGACCAUCAAGCCUAUAUCCGCACUGUCAUGGCCAUGGGUACUAGAGACAAAGCUGUAAACACAGACUUUUCUGAAAUCUUGCCCGAAGAAAUUGAGGAAAAAGUGAAAGAAGCAGCAGAAGUCUCCAUGGGGACUGAAGUUACUGAAGAUGAUAUCAUAAAUAUCCACAGCCUAUGUGAACAGGUGCUGGAGCUGACAGAGUACCGUUCCCAGCUGUUUGAGUACCUUAAAAACAGAAUGGUGGCCAUUGCACCUAAUUUGACCAUCUUGGUGGGUGAGUUGGUGGGUGCUCGUCUGAUUUCUCAUGCUGGUUCUCUCAUCAAUUUGGCCAAGCACCCAGCCUCCACCAUCCAGAUUCUUGGUGCAGAGAAAGCUCUCUUCAGGGCCCUCAAGACUAAACAUGCCACUCCAAAAUAUGGUCUCCUGUACCAUGCACAACUGGUUACACAAAGUAGUACCAAACAUAAAGGUAAGAUGUCUCGUAUGUUGGCAGCCAAGGCUGCACUUGCAUGUCGUUAUGAUGCUCUUGGAGAAGAAACUACAACAGACAUGGGUAUUGAGAAUAGAGCAAAACUUGCAUUAAAACUUGCCAAUGCUGAGAGAGGGGGCACUCACAGAAUUUCAGGAACUGGAAAGACUCAAGCAAGACAUGCCAAGUACGAAGGAGAAAGUGAGGUGAAUCAGUAUCAUGCUGCUGCUGAUUCAACAUUAGAGAGCUCAAGUAAGCGCAAAUUUGGAGAAUCAUCCGAAGAACAGACGCCAAAGAAAUUGAAAGUAGAAAUGGAAUCAGAGCCAGAAGCUACCCCACAAGUUAGUGGUGAAAAGAAAAAGAAGAAAAAGAAGCAACAGGUGGAAGUAAAAGACGAGGUAAAAGAGGAGGUCAAAGAGGAACCAGAAGUACAAGAAGAGGCUAUGGAAGUAGAAUCAGUUGAAAAGAAAAAGAAGAAGAAGAAAAAGAAGAAGGAAGCAGCAGUGGCUGUAUAAGCAAAUUUUUUUUUAUCUUUUUUCAUUCAAGCGUUAUUUUAAACUGUUGAGAAAAGCAUUAUGAUGAAUUGAAGAGAUGAUUUGAACCUUUCCACGGUGAUUUGCAAUACAAUACUGUAGAGUACAUAUGAAAUUUAUUAAGUCUCGUUACACCAUCACUGUAUGGUAAGUUUAGAUAUAAUAUGAAUCAGUUUUACCAUAAGAACUUAUGUUGGUAGAAACACAAUACAGUAUGUAAAUUUGAUUUUUAUUAACCCUUAUUGUCUUGGCUGUCAUUUCUAUUACAAAUAUAUAACUUGUGAAUCCUUCACUCUAUGCUUAUCAAGCAAUAAAGUUUAAUACAGGUAUCAGUAUUAUAUGAAAUAACAAUGCAAUAGUAAAUAUUUUUAAAGUAAAAGUAGAGGUAAUUUUGAGAGGCAUAAAACACCACCGAUAAAGGUACUGUGGCCCAUGUAACUUACCCUACACUGCCCAGAACCCGAGUUAAAUUAAUUCUGUAGUGUUAUAAUUCGUCAAACAAUCCUUGUUUGUCAUUGAAUAUUACUGCAGUAUGAAACAGAUCUCUCCAAGGGUGCGAAAUUUUGCUGGGGAAUGAGGAAUUGUCCGUCGAGAAGUAUUCUUAGGCAACAGUGGCUAUACUGUAUCACUGUUGCCACACUGUAUAUACAGUAUGCAUGCUUAUAAUGCUCAUUAAGCAGUAUACUGUACCAUUCAAAUAAGAAUUUCUUCAAUAUUUCGAUUACAAAAAUAAAUUGGAGCAGGAAUUUACAAACACUUCAAUAAUUGCUUAUCUGCUAAUCUUGUGUGUAACAGUCAAGUUUUUUCCUAAAGUAGAUUUUUUUUUUAUCAUUUUUCACUUAUAAAGGUACUGUAUUUGUUGAAUAAUGAUAUUCUUUGAUGAAUUAAUACAGUACCAUCAUACAGGCAUAUAAAAAUAAUAAAAAGUUGAUAAUCAAGUACAAGAAUCCUGUCUUAAAAAAGGUUUUGAUGCGAUAAGAUUUUUUUUUACACUUUUCAACAAUUGUGCUUCUCUUUCCUAUUAUUAAUGUAAGUACAGUACAUGUACUGGUAUGGAAGUGGGAUCAUGUACACAUUAUAAUAUCCCACUAAAAACAUCUGGGUGGCCUGGGGUUGCCUUGGGCAGGAACCAGUGACCCGAGUGACAAAAGGGGAGAGCUGUAUCAACUUAGCUGCUACACACCCCCCUCCCCCCAACAACAACUAUCUAGGCCAUCAAAAUAUAUUAGUACAGUAUGCAGAAAAUACUGUCUCUGUGCCAGCCUAUUUUUGUCGUGACAAAAAUAUUACCCCCACCGAAUCAUCCCUAUGUAAAUAUGAAUUUAAUCGUGGGUCAAUUUCUUGGUUUACUCUGCCUGUUCUUAGAAAAUUUUUAUCAGAAACCUUCGGCUUUUGUCCACUUGACAAUUAUGUUUUGUUGAAUGUAUGUAAUCUGAAGUUUAGUAAAAUAAAAAAUCAAUUAUUUUAAUUGUA